CUAGUCGGUCUUUCCAUUUCUAUUGCUCCUGCCAUACAUUGUAGUUCUUGUAACCUAUACAAAUUCAUAACUUUUGUAAAAUGUUAAGAAACUUAAUUUAUCACAUUAAAAACAUCUCAAUUACUGAAAGAAUAGCCAGCACCUCUCCUCUCUCAAGAUCAAUAUGUACGACAAGCAUUUUACGACGAGAUGUCGAAGACAGAAGAGAAAUGUUAAGAUCAAUGCCAGCCCCAGAUGAAGGAACUAUUGGUGAAAAAGCAGUGGACAUUGAUAGACUUCUUGCUAAUAAAAUGGAUAUAUUUCCUGAUGAAAACUUACCAAACAAACUAUUUAAUGGAGUGCCAUUUAGGGAAUUGCCUAUUUUUAACAUCAGAGUGACAUCAAACAAUACUAUUUUGUCUUUGACUGAUAGUAAGGGUACUCCUAAGAUUAUCAGAAGUUGUGGCAUUGAAGGGUUUAAAAAUACUAGGAAAGGAACCAAUAUUGCUGCACAAGCUACAGCAAUUAGUAUUGCCAGUCGUGCCUUAGAAAAAGGUAUAAAAACCGUGCGUGUUCGUGUACGAGGACUUGGACCCGGCAGAAUGUCAGCAAUCAAAGGACUUGAAAUGGCUGGCAUGGACAUUGUUUCAAUCACUGACAGUACCAGAGUGUCUUGGAAUCCACCCAGGCCAAGAAAACAAAGAAAAUUGUAAAUCUUGUUUAUUAUAUGUUUAAUUGUUUCUAAUUAAACGUGAUUAGGGAAUGUAUAGUGUACAACGCUAAUUAUAACUUAACAGAAACAGAA